ACUCUUGCAGAUCUAUGACUAGUAAAUACAUCUCAGAACCACCUAUUAUAUUAAUGCAAACUUCAACAAAUUUUUGGUCCAGUUAUGUAACUAUGUAGAUAUGCAUGUUAUGUAGCUGAAACAUUACUGUUGAAAUAUGGAACAAGGAAUUUUGGCCUUGUGUCGCUUCAAAUAACCAAUAAUUUGCUUUUACAUUUAUCUUUUCCUUCCCCUUUCUGGCUGAAUGUAUGGAUAAAUCUUAAAUACAUAUGUUAUGAUAGAAACCUUGGAGCGGUUAGACUUUUUUUCUAAUGGGUUGGACCAGCUCUUUGUCGAUUGGGGUCAGGCAUUUUCAGUUUUCAGGUUGCAACAUGGCUCUGAUGCCAUGAAUCCAUGAAAGAUUCCCAUCUUAUAACCAAUUGAUUUUAGAAUGAAACCCUAUGGUUUUUUAUCAUGUUUUUUACUCUGGUACAAAUAUCGUGAUGCAGUAUUUUAUUAUGGUUGUUUUGUGAGGUAAUAAUAUGAAACAUUUGCUUUUCGGCAUAAUAUUUUGUGCAGUGUUGUUUUGUGAGGUAAUGAGGAGAGAAUAAAGUAAGAGAGAGGAAACACAGAUAGAGUAUUUGGAUAUGUAGGAACAUCACUAUGCUUGGGCACAGUAAGGUAUUCAAGGGUAAAAAGACUGAGAUAGGGACAUGUUUAUAAGCAGUGAAUUUCAGGUAGGAAUAAACAUUAUACACACACUUAAUAAUCUAAAACGCUCAAGUGGUAGUUACGUAAUGGCAGAAAAAAGUAGGAUGGUUAUUGCUUGCUGCUUGUAGCAUGGGCAAAAUACAGAUUCUAAGGAUUGCAUGUAUGAAGCCAGGAUACUACUACUAAAGAUUUAAUAAUUAUCAAGUAGAUAUGGGUUCAUACUUGUAUUUCUGCAAACAAUGGAUUGGAAGCUGUCAGAUACUAUUCACUUUGCUGUUAUUGAGCUUCAAAACCGAGAAAGAUAAGCCUUGUUGGGGGGUACUAAAUACAGCCAUGAACACAGAAAAAGAAUACAAAUAUAAGAAGCUGGUGGGCAACAUCUAACUGAACCUUGGGCAACUUUACUAAAUUUCAUUGGAUAUAACUAUACAUUUCUGUCAUUUCUAUGUGACAGCAGUGCAUGAAAAAUUAGAUCAACGAAUUUACAGCAAUGGCCCCAGAUUGAGUUCGCAGUACAUGUAUAAUACAAAUGUGUUAACAAUUUUAAACAAGCAAAUGACAAUGCGAUCCCCUCUGAGCAUUAAUCCUCAUAUGUCUACAAUAUUAGGUUUAUUUGUACAAAGUAAACACGAAUAGACAUGUUAAAAUAAAGUUGAAUUAUAAUGAAUUGGAAAAUAAGGUAUUGGAUUAUUUCCAUUACAAAGGCGCUAACAAAUUACCUUAUUUUGGAUUUUUGGCAAAUUAUAGUACUACAUAUUUUUGGGUUUACACUAUUACAUACCCAAAUCCCAAUUUGAGAUUUGAAGAAUGUAAAAAGUGAUUUGAUGUUUUAGAAUAAAAUGAGUUUGAAUAUUAUGUAAAUUGUUGAAGAUGCUCUAAGAUAACUCGUGGUAAUGAAUAAUUUUAGGCAAAAUUAUGAAAGUAACUAUGCUUAGUUAUGUUUCGUUAAGUUAUUUUCUUAGGCAAAUCAAGCGUACAUUCUACAACAGUAAUGCUAAUCACCUAUUUUGUCUUCAACACCCAGAUUCAACAUAAGCAACAAAAGUGGAUUGAGCAUAUUUAAAAAUUUCAGUGUGAUUGCAUUGGAGUGAUCUAAGUGAAGGAGAAGACAGCUAUAUAUGGCCGGAUCAUCAACUCGUCCGAUUGGCAACAAGAAGUAGUAUAUGCCAAUAAUUGACGUUGCAUACAAGGGAGAAGACGACGCAGAGAAGGGUGCGACAAUGCCAUCGGAGAUGAAAGGGAAAGGAGGUGUCCGAGCUGCAUCUUUCAUUUAUGGUUUGGCUGCAUUGGAAAAUAUGGGUUUCGUAGCGAACAUGAUGAGCUUGGUCCUCUACUUCAUGUUCAAGCUAUAUUUCGAUCUCCCCACAGCUGCUAACACUUUCACUAACUUGAUGGGAACUACAUUUCUACUAUCUGUAGUUGGUGGCUUCAUCUCCGACACUUUUAUUAACAGGUUCCACACCUCCAUCAUUUUUGGGGCACUUGAACUCAUGGCUCUAGUAAUGCUGACCAUUGAAGCUCACUCCGAACAUUUGCUACCUUCAUUUUGUGGAAUCGGAGAGUCGAGUUGUAUAGGGGGAGGCAAGGCCGUCUACUUCUACACGACAAUGUUCUUGCUGGCGCUGGGCGCGGGUGGACUGCGGGGGUCUUUCCCGGCCCUCGGGGCUGACCAGUUCAAUGAGAACGACCCCGAGGAAGCCAAGUCGCUGGCAAGCUAUUUCAAUUGGCUGCUGCUGAGUAUAGUUGGUGGUGCAUCAAUCGGAGUCACAGUUAUCGUUUGGGUUUCUACAAACCACCCUUUGAAAGACAACUGGUGGAAGGGGUUCCUCAUAGUCACCAUUGCCACCUUCUUAGCUUUUGUGGUACUUAUACUUGGGAAACCCUUCUAUCGCCUCAAAAUCCCUAAACACAGCCCACUUGUUAGAAUCGCACAGGUAAUAAUAGUAGCGGUAAAAAAUCGUGGGCUGCCUCAUCCUGAGAACCCUAAUGAGCUCUACGAGCUGAGCAAGAAAGAUUUAGACUCCACAAUUGCAAUAAUUCCUCAUACCCAACAGUUCAGGUGGCUAGACAAAGCAGCAAUCCUAGGGGAGAAAACAGAGGCAACAGAAUGGGAAAUCUGCACAGUGACACAGGUAGAAGAAGUGAAGGUGCUAACAAGGAUGUUACCAAUCAUAGGAAGCACCAUCAUCAUGAACACAUGCCUCGCCCAGCUGCAGACCUUCUCCGUCCAGCAAGGCAACAGAAUGGACACUAAGCUGGGGUCAUUCAAGGUCCCACCGGCCUCAAUCCCGAUCAUCCCCCUCCUCUUCAUGGUCAUCCUCAUCCCCAUAUACGACGCGCUGUUUGUCCCCUUGGCACGCCGCCUCACAGGGCACCCAACGGGAAUCACCCAGCUCCAGCGCGUGGGGGUGGGGCUCGUCCUGUCAGCGGUGUCCAUGUCAGCAGCCGCCCUGGUGGAGGUGAAGAGGAGGCGGCAGUCGCUGGAGAACCCCUUGGCGCCUGUGAGCCUCUUCUGGCUGUCGUUCCAGUACGGUAUAUUUGGGAUAGCGGACAUGUUCACGCUGGUCGGGCUCAUGGAGUUCUUCUACAAGGAGGCGCCCGCCGGGAUGAAGUCGCUGUCCACCUCCUUCACGUGGAUAUCGCUCUCGUUGGGCUACUUCUUGAGCAGUGUGUUGGUGGAGGUGGUGACGGCGGUCACCAAAAGGGUGACGCCGAGUAAAAAGGCGUGGGUGUAUGGCCUGGAUUUGGAUAGGAAUAAGUUGGAUCUGUUUUAUUGGCUUCUUGCUAUUUUGAGUGUCAUCAACUUCUUCCACUAUCUCUUUUGGGCAAUGUGGUACAAGUACAAGACCAACGCCGAUGACAACGGCGGUGUUGUUGUCGUUGAGGCUGCCGGAGAGCCUGAUAAACUUGAUUGACUGUGUUAUAUUUUUUUUUUCUUUACUUUUGUUUUUAUUUGGUUUUAUGUUCAUGAGUUGUCAACGGAUUAUUACAUUGGAAGGUCAUUUGAAAUAAUAACUACAUUUUCUGCAAA